AUGCCCUCGCCCGAUCAUGUAUUGGAAGUUGAAAGCUUCAGCGGCAUUGAUGAGCUGGUACGCCUAAGGAAAUUUAGUCAGGACUUGGGGUCCGGAGGCACGUCUCAACACCUUCGUAGGUUCGAAGCUGUCUGUGCAUCUCUGAAGCUCCCGAUCGAACAGGCCAAGGGAGUUCUGGAGUACCUUACGAAGGGAUUGGAGGCAUUGGCCGUAGGCGCGUCCAGUGGUGAAGUGAAGGUGGCAGAAGAUAUACUUGUGAACUUCUUGUCACUGACGCUGGGUUUACUCCAGUCAGAGGCUGUCACGCUACGGAGGGUCAGAGUGUCAGAGGAAAUCUCGCUGACCACCGCCACGCCCACGGGCGGGGGCGGGUCAGCGGCCACGACCUUUAUGGACCGCAGCUUGGAGGCCCCUCCUGCCGCUUCCCCUGACAAUAGUUGUGCUGCGCGCGGCCGCGGCUUGAAAGAGGGGCGGUCCAGCGCCCGCUUGACAUCCAGAUUGAAGAUAAUGCGUGGGAUGAUUUUUUACAACAGGGCAAGGAGGCCCUUGACUUCCUUGAAGAGGACCCAGCGUUACGAUGGCGACAUUGGGCACCUGAGAACUGAGAACUCCACUUUCAUCAAACCAAAGGAGCCACCAGGUCACACGGGGCAGACGAAAGGGAAAGGUGAAAGGAAACGACCAGCAAGGUUCCGCACAGAGGAACAGCCAUGGGGCGUCGACAGGUUGGGCCGUGAAGACCAGGUGCGACUUCGCCAGGAGAACAAGAUGGUCAAGCGAAGCCUCAGAGGGCUGGAAGCAAAUGACCGCCGAGGCGGGUUUGCAGGUCUUGAACAUCCCUAUGAUUCAUUCCUUUGGAAAAUGGAAGAGGCAGAGGAGGUCCGGUCACGGCUGGGGUUUAUGAUCUCGUCGUGGUCCUAUUGCUGCUUCGGGGGUCGUAAGACCAGAUGGACUUCGCUCUUGCACGACUCACCCAGGGAGCAUCAGGCGCUCCAUCGCCCUCGCUGCCAAUGUUCAUUCUCAGCGGACCAACCCGCUGGAGCAGGAACCAACCAGCAAGGGGGAGAAUCUCCUGUGGACGCUGAGUACCCCUGGCAGCUGUGCGUGGCUUAUGCUGACGCGAUUAUCGCUGACUUGAGGGGGGUUGCAGAGCGAAGACCUUGUGUAUACAAACUUGUCCUGGAAGUGGAAAACAUGGUGCGACAUAUGGACUCCGGAGAUGGGCAGAAGCAUCUGGCGAACCUUGCCGAAAAGCAGAUGUUCAGGGGGUCUGACAUUUCGUUGUCGGCGCCCAAAGAAGGCAAUGGAAGAGGGGUGAUGACACCUUACCCAGCCUUCCGCUGGUUUUGGCAAACGGUGGAAGACCACAAGUGGCCGAUGGAGCAACAGCUAUCGGUGGUGCACAUGAUAAUGAUCCUGGCCGAACUUCGGCGCCGCUCCAAAUCAACCAGACAUUUCUACAAAGUGUAUGUGAACUUGAUGGAUAGCUCAAUCUGCUAUUGGGCGCUUACCAAGGGGCACUCGUCAUCCUCGACCAUGAACCGG